AUGUCGGUGUUGCUCCAGCGCAUCCAGUCGUGGCGGGUCGUCCUCGCGUCGCAGAGUCCGCGCCGCCUCGAGCUCCUGACCAACCUGGGCUUGAGCUUUGAUGUGAUUCCGUCGACGUUUGAAGAAAACUUGGACAAGGCCGCGUUCCCGACGCCGGAGCACUAUGUGAUGGAGAAUGCUAAGCAAAAGGCGCUCGAGGUCACGCGACGCCUCGCGACCGAGACCCGCCGGCCCGACCUCGUGAUUGGCUGCGACACGGUCGUCGUCCACGACGGCAAGAUCCUCGAAAAGCCCAAGGACGAGGCCGAAGCCUUCCGCAUGCUCUCAUCGCUCUCCAACUCGACGCAUCAAGUGUUCUCGGGCGUCGCGCUUUGCAUGGGCACGUCGACGCACGUGUUUAGCCACGUGACCCAGGUCCAGUUCCUUCCGCUCCAAGAACAAACCAUUCGCGACUACAUUGCGACCGGCGAACCGAUGGACAAGGCCGGCUCGUACGGUAUCCAAAGCGGCGGCCGCGCCUUUGUCAAGACCGUCGACGGCUGCAUGAACAAUGUCAUCGGCUUCCCGGUCGACCGUUUCUGCGCCGAGCUGUCUGCUCUUCUCGACCAAAAGACUGCGUAG